GCGACCUACAGCGCGAUGGUGCCGGCCGGACGGAUCAGUCCGUGAUUCACCCUGCAGCAGCAGCGCCGACGAAUCGACCGAUGGGGAGCGCGCAACCGACAUGGAAUUUAGACGUGGAGAUUGACCCAAGGAUACACAGCACAGCUGACCUAGUGUCGAUGGCCGUGCAAAUCCUGGUCGAGUCUGGAACCACCGAGUUCCUCCACCUCGACAACAAUACCGCCCACGCCUUUUGCGCACACGUUGCGUCGAUGUACCAAGCCGUGCCAUACCACAACUUCAAACACGCGUUUUGCGUCAUGCAUACGACACACCUGCUCCUUCAAAGCUGCAUCCGAAACCCGUUCACGCCCCUCCAAGUCGCCGCCUUGCUCUUGGCGGCUCUCUGCCACGACAUUCAGCACAAUGGACGAACAAGCUCUUUCCACGAGACAACUAAAUCCGCGUGGGCUCAAGAGUACGCAUCCCACAAGGGGUCAGUACUGGAAGCAAUGCAUGCGUGCGUCGCCGUCGACACCAUGACGAAGGAACGUAUGUUCGACAAUCUGGACACCGCGGAUGCCGAUUCCGUCCGAGUCAUGAUCGAGGAAUUGAUCCUGGCCACCGACAUGGCGCUACAUCCUCAGGUCAUUCAGGCCUACGCUGACGACAAAGACGAUCCACUGACUCAAGCCAAGAUGAUCUUGCAUUGUGCGGACAUAUCCAACGCCACCAAAAGCCUCGACCUUGCCAAGUGGUGGUCACACUCUGUCCUGCGCGAGUUCUGUAUGCAAGUGGACGAAGAAGAACGCCUGCAGCUGCCCAUUAGCGGGUUCAUGAAGGCGGAUCUUUACAGCUACGAAGAGGCCAAGAUGCACUUGGGGUUCAUCGACACGUUUGUCAUGCCGGCGUGGCGUCUCCUAUCCGUCUCAUCGCAAUUUGGCGCGUACGUGACACGGCAGUGCAUGACCAACAUCGUGCGAAGCCGCAAGUUGUGGCUGAGUUUGAUGGAGCUCAUCCAGCUGACCAGCGAUGUCUUCACGCCGACCUUGAAACGCAAGAACACGUUCGACGACUUGCUGACGUACCGAGACGUCGGCCAGUCCACGAAACGACAAUACGUGAAUACGGUCGAAAGUGCUGUCAAUUGCAAUGCGGCAUAGAGUCCACGUGAUGCCGUAGUAUUUAAUGAGUAUGUGAUAUGAACCAGCUCUGGUGUGCUCC